UCGAGACAAAUACCGCCAACAUGAUCAUUCCCAUUCGCUGCUUCUCGUGCGGCAAGGUCAUCGCCGACCUUUAUGAACGAUACGUCGAGCUCAUUGGAACAGUGAAAGAGGACGGAGAAGCUAUGACCGACGGUGAUGCGAUGGACUCGUUAGGUCUGAACCGCUACUGCUGCCGUCGCAUGAUGCUCACCCACGUGGACCUCAUCGAGAAGCUGCUGAGAUACAACCCGGCCGAGCGCGACAUCAUCAAGAACAACAGCAGAUGAGAUUUGAAGUCGUGAAAAGGCGAUCGGCGAUUUGAACACUUUCCAGCGAGGAGUUUGGGCGUUAUUUGAGGGCGACAAGAACCGGCGUAUUGGGCAGGAAAAGCAAACUGCAAACUGCAGCUGCCAGGAUUGGCCAGUGGCAGAAUCAGGACACGAAAUUGACAAUUUUGCGACCUUUCGCCUGUGUCCAGCUCCUCUUCGGACCGUUCGUGAACUCCAUCAACCAAUCCGAGCGGCCUGGACUGUGUCAGCAAACCGCAGGGACGAAAGAAUGGAAAGCACGAUGUUCCUUACCUUCACCUGUCGAUU